GCACUUCCCUAAAAAAAAAAAGUUCACACUCACAUACACAGAUGCCACCACAAGUAGCGACUCACACCGUCUUAGACCUGAUCGAGGGAACUUACUGGGAAUAACAUGACAGGAGGAUAUAGUGGAGCAAAAUGGAUAUUUAAGGUUUCUUCUUCUUUCUUUUUUCUGUUUAGCUCAGGUGUUUUUUUCUCUUGCUUUUAUUGCGCUUAGUCCGGUUUAACUAUUUUAAAAUACUCAACUUUUUUUUGCCUUAAAUAGCCUCAACAGGAUUUAGGCCUGAACUAAUAAUGUAUUUUGUGUUUUAUUAAGACGCACAGGACGCAAGUGUGUGCCACUGGAGGAACAAGUGCACAUGACAGACAGGGAACUUCUUUAAAUAUAUCAUCUUAUCUCUAAUAAUCAACCAAUAAGAGGACUAUAAUGUCUGGGUGGAGUAUGGCCUGACGUUUAAUGCAACAAACUUGUGUUUGGCUGCUGCUGGAUCCAGUGGAGGAGCGCACCAAGAGCGCACUGUGACACCAAGUCCCCCGAAAAAAACUGAGAGAAAAAUAAAAUCUCCACAUCGCUACUUCUGCACUUGUUGUGGGAAGUGUGGAUGUUGUCGGGACUGUUAACAGGCACUGCAUUAACAGCAGCUGUCAAACUCAUGGGAUCCUCCAGCCCCCCGGGCGACUGGGAGCUCUGUUGAAGUCUCCUCUGCGCAUGUCAGAGCGCUGGAUGGCUCCAGAGAGGGAAAUUUAAAAACGGUUUUUGGAGAAUCAAGUGCAACACAGUGAAAUACAGUACAGGGGCUCGCAACCGGCUCACACAUUCUUCAAAUAUCAUCCAAAACAGUGGUACCACAUAUCCCAGGAAAUGAUAGAAGGUGGAAUUACAUCCAGGAUGUCAGGAAUAAUUGAGAAUGCUGGGCAUCAUCCGUCUCCACAGGACUACAGGCUUCUGACCACGGACCCCUCCCAGCUGAGGGAGGAGGACCUCCCUGGGGACCUGCAGUCUCUGUCAUGGCUCACCUCUGUGGAUGUGCCCCGACUACAGCAGAUGGCUGAUAGCCGAGGCCACAGUAAUGGGCCCUCCCAGGGCAGCUUGUUGGAGCAACAGACAGCUCAGCUGAGCAGCAUGACGAUGGCAGCGGGUCAAGGCUCCAUGCUCCACCUCCAGAGCAACAUGCAGCACAGCCCUCUGGGAAUCAGCAUCAUCAACACACACAGUGGAAGUAUGUCUCCAUUCUCCAUGAAUGGGCUGCCCUCUCCGGGGUACCAGUGCCCUACCUCAGUCUACCAGCCUGCACCCCAGCAGGUGUACUCUCUAACCCAAACUGGACAACAGUGUUCAACCAGUGGGCUUUAUAGCAAUGUCUCUUUCAACAACCAAAGUCUAUUCACACAACCUCGCCUGGCUCCACAAGAACAGGAGCUGCAGCCCAAGUCUUUCCCCAAGCCAAUCUAUUCCUACAGCUGUUUGAUUGCCAUGGCUCUGAAGAACAGCAAAACUGGCAGCCUCCCAGUCAGUGAGAUCUAUAGCUUUAUGAAGGAACACUUUCCUUAUUUCAAGACUGCACCUGAUGGGUGGAAGAACUCAGUCAGACACAACCUGUCCUUGAACAAAUGCUUUGAAAAAGUGGAGAACAAGACGAGCAGCUCAUCCCGUAAGGGCUGUCUAUGGGCACUGAACCCUGCCAAAAUUGACAAGAUGGAGGAAGAGAUGCAGAAGUGGAAACGCAAGGACCUCCCAGCCAUCCGCCGCAGCAUGGCUAACCCUGAUGAGUUGGACAAACUGAUCACAGACCGCCCGGAGAACUGCAGACGUAAGGCUUUAGAGCCCGGCAUGACCCGGCUGCCCAGCUGUCCAACUGGCCUCCCGCUGCCCGUUCCAGCCCAGAUGCAGCCUCAGCCAAUAGUCACGCUGUCCCUGCCCUGUUUACCUAUGCACCAGCACCACCAGCUUCAGGCCCAGCUCCAGGCUCAGGCCCGCCUGGGACCCCUGUCCCCUGCCCCAGCCCAGACACCUCCCCUCCACACGGUCCCUGACCUUUCCCACAGUCCACUCACCCAGCAAUCAAGCAAGCCACCAGACGAUUUCUACAGUGUGCAUGGUGAUACACACACAGAGGUGGAUGCACUGGACCCUAGCAUCAUGGACUUUGCCCUUCAAGGUAAUCUGUGGGAGGAAAUGAAGGACGACAGCUUUAACCUGGAUGCCUUGGGUACCUUCAGUAACUCACCCCUCCGACUAUCAGACUGUGACUUGGGAACAGCCAACCUCCCUCCUGUCUCCACUGGAUCGAACCUGCCAAUGUCAGAUGUGCAAGUGACGGGCCUCUACACCUCCUACACCUCCCAGGAUCCCCUGUCUUCCCAGUAUAUGGUCACACCAGCCAACAACAAGCCCAUCGCACUGCUAUAAAGCAGCUGAACUGUCUCAAACAGAGUCGACCUGAUUUAUUCAACUGUCUGUGGAUAUCCGUGGAUGCCAACUGAAGAAGUCUGAGGUCAAAGUCUGAAUUCUGGUUUCUUGUGUGCUACUAAAAGUACAAAUCACAGAGUUUUCCUUCAUUCAGCUGGCAACUACUUGGAGAAGGAUGUUUUAAAAUCAUUUCACAUACAGUCCACAAGAAAACUGCUCAUUAAGAACUAAAACUGUUGAUAAAUAAAGAGGUGGCUGUAAGAAAAGUAUGUAAGAAUUAAAAUAUCUAGCUUUGCCAAGCAAAGACUCAAAGCCUGUAUGAGUACAAAGACUAUGUGGAGAUGUAAGUUAGCAUCCGCCAGUUUUUCGACAGUUCACUCUACGUUUUAAAGCCCUACCCUACUGUAGCUCCCCGUCUCUUGUCUGUUGUAUUGUGCUAGACAUUAUUGCUGUGAUGUUUUAUUUAUAUUUAUAAAAGGCAGCUGGAGAAGGUGAUGACUUUAUCAAUCUUUUGCUGUAUAUAUUUGAAUGUUUCGAAUUGCUAUAGCCACAGAAAAGCUUUCUUUCGACUGUAUUUACCCACUUCACUCCAAAAUGCUGAUGUGUGCCAACACUUUGAGUAAUCCAGAUUUCACACAUUAUUCUUUUACACACUGUGAUUAACGUGUCUCAAAGUCACAUGUAUAUUAUGUUCAUUAACUUGACCAUGAUAAAAAUCAAAUGGGUAAAUAAAAGAAGUUUCUUUUGCCAAAAAA